AAAAGUAUAAGAAGUCUAGUCUAUUCGCAGUCGUAACCUUUUUGUUUUCUGGCAGUAGGGAGGCAACAGUAGUAGUCUGCAUGUAGUCUCGCUAUCGUUCUUGUCGCAGGUAGAUGGUCCGGUCCAAGUGGAAGUAAUAAUAGACCGGCUCCAUGUGAUUCGAUCACCGGUUUCAGUGACUUUUAUUUUUAUGUUCUAUGAUAUUUAAAAAAAAUUAUUCAUCAACGAGAUACUAUUUUUUUUGUUAUAAGACCGCAUUUUUCGAAACAGUGAAUUUCCCGUUUGUUGCUCCUGAGGAACUUUGCAGGAAGUUUCGAAUAAAGGAUACAAAGAGACAGUGGAUGAUGCUUCCCUUGAGAGAAGAAGCUCUGAUUCCGAAUUCUCGAAUCGGAUGUCCAUCGGCAGCUACCUGGUGGUACCUCAGUGCUGAGUUUAUUAUUGGGCUUGGAGUGUCUGGACUUUUAGCCAUUCUUGGAGCCGUAAAAACACUGCAACCAAAACCACCAAAAGACAUAACUGGUGACAUAGUUCUGAUAACAGGUGUAACUUCCCCCUUAGGGAGAAAUUUAGCCCAAGAAUUUGCAAAAACUGGCUGUCAGGUCGUAUGUAUUGACCAGGAUCUAGAAUCCGUCAAUGAAAUAGUAUCUGAUCUCAGAUUAAAAUAUCAUACAGUGGAAAAAGUAGGUCCAGAUCACUGCAAAGAAGAAUAUGAGGGCGGAAGGCACACAGUUAAGACUUUUGCAUAUAAAUGUGAUUUCGAAAACGUAAAUGAAAUUCGUAAUGUGGCUAAAAAGGUCAAGGACGAGGUUGGAUGGGUCGAUGUCUUAGUCACCUGUAAUGGGAAUUCCAGUCAGGACAUUUUUGAUACAGUUAGCAGGACUUUAAUGAGUCAUUAUUGGACGGUUAUGGCAUUUCUACCAUGGAUGCUAAAUAAAGGUAGGGCACAUAUUAUAGGAGUUGUGCCAACUUUGUCCACCGAUGACGCCUAUAUGGGUUCGAAAGCAGCAGUUGCCGGCUUGAUGGAAAGCUUAGGACAAUACUGCAAUCAAAAUAAUCAACUUACUUUUAUCACUGUAUCACCCAAAAGUCAUCCAAGGUUUCUUAAACAAAAUGAUCAGCAGAUUGCUGCAGAGGUCGUUCAGGCUGUCAGAAGAGAUCAAUCUUCUUUGACAGCAAACUGGUUUUAUGAUUCUUUCUACCAAAUUAGUUCCACAAUGUACAAAGGGAUAACAUUUAUAACCCAGUGGAUGGAUAAUUAAGUCUUUUUCAUAUAAAAAUCUGUAAUCGCCUCUACAAAUCUAUGAUUGUAAAUAAAAGUAUCUCAUCGCCUCACUCCGACAUUAA